CAUAUCCUCCCUCAUACAUGCAUAUGCUUUUCUUUAAUUUCUCCAUCUUUCUCUGUGUUUUAUAAUAACCAAAAAAAAAAAAAAAAAAAAAAGGAAAAAAGAAGAAGAAGAAGAAGAAGAAAAAGAUAGGGGGGAAAAAACAAUUGUUUUUAAUCUGGUUUUGGUUUUCAAUAUUUAUACAUAUAUAUAUAUAUAUUGUAUGGGGACUAGUGAGGAAAAACAAAGCAUGGAGAACAAACAAGAUGGCGUUAGACUCAAGUACGUGAAGCUUGGUUAUCACUACUUGAUCUCUAACGCCAUGUACAUAUGUCUCCUGCCAAUUAUAGUAGCUUUGGCUCAUCUUUCCAUUGAAGAUUUGGUCCACCUUUUUCACCAACACCAGCUAAGUCUAGUAUCAGUAACCCUAGUUUGUACUGGACUUACUGUUUGCUUAGCAACCCUUUACUUUGCUCUCCGUCCACGAGAGGUUUACUUGCUCGAUUUCUCGGCAUUUAAGCCUGAUCCAUCUCUUAUGGUCAGCCGAGAAACUUUCAUGAGGCAGUCUAAGGACACCAACAGCUUCUCCGAAGAAACGUUAGCAUUUCAGAGGAAGAUCUUGGAGAGGUCCGGUUAUGGACAGAAGACUUAUGCGCCAGAAGCAGCUUUGGAGGUUCCAAUCGACCCGACAAUGGCGAAGGCGAGGAAGGAGGUGGAGAUGGUGAUGUUUGGAGCUAUAGACCAGUUGUUAGCCAAAACCGGAGUGAACGUUAAGGAUAUUGGGGUCGUUGUGGUGAAUUGCAGUUUGUUUAAUCCUACUCCUUCUUUGUCUGCCAUGGUUGUGAACCGCUACAAGCUAAGGGGGAACAUUUUGAGCUACAAUCUUGGUGGGAUGGGUUGCAGUGCAAGCCUGAUUUCCAUAGAUCUCGCCAAACGCUUGUUAAAGGACCAAUCCAAUUCCUAUGCCCUAGUGGUUAGCACAGAGAGCAUGACUCUAAACUGGUACGGAGGAAACAACCGUUCAAUGCUCAUCACAAACUGUCUGUUCCGGCUAGGUGGUGCAGCGGUCCUCUUGACGAACCGGUCCUCCGAACGCCGGCGUUCGAAGUACCAGCUCAUGCAAACCUUACGUACACACAAAGGUGCUGACGACAAAUCAUUCAAAUGCGUCGUACAGCAAGAAGACGAAUCCAAAAAAGUCGGUAUCAUGCUCUCGAGAGAUCUCAUGGCCGUAGCAGGAGAAGCCAUCAAAACCAACAUCACAAUGCUUGGCCCACUGGUUCUUCCUUUGUCGGAACAACUGCUUUUUCUAGCAAACCUAAUCGGAAGAAAGGUCUUCAAGAUGAAGAUGAAGCAGUACGUUCCCGAUUUCAAGCUCGCUUUCGAGCACAUUUGCAUCCAUGCAGGAGGGAGAGGAGUUCUCGAUCAGAUAGAGAAGAACCUUGCUCUAACAAGAUGGCAUAUGGAGCCCUCGAGAAUGACUUUGUAUAGGUUCGGGAAUACCUCAAGCAGCUCACUGUGGUAUGAGCUUGCUUACACUGAAGCUAAAGGAAGGGUGAGGAAAGGUGAUAGGCUAUGGCAGAUUGCUUUUGGAUCUGGGUUUAAGUGUAACAGUGUGGUUUGGAGAGCUUUAAGGACCAUUGAUCCCAACAAGGAAAAGAGUAAUCCAUGGACGGAUGAGAUUGAGGAGUUUCCUAUUCAUGUUCCUGAUAUUUCACCUAUUUUAGUCUGAAAUAACAAAAUUUGGGCCCCGCUUGGAUUAAUAUAUUAUCUAUUGGAUUUGAAUGGUUGGGAUUAGUUCAUGAAUAAUUACUGUUUUGGACUUUUCUUUUCGUUGUUUUUGUUUUUUGUUUUUUCCUUUUUUUUGGGGGGUUUGGGCAAGUGGCUAAGUGAUCUUUUUGUGCUAAUUUUUAGCUUAGAUUUGUGGAAGGGGCAAAAUAAUAAUAAGUGCUCUAUAAUUUAUUGUUUUA